AUGUGUCAGAGUGCAUCUGACAAUCUUCAACUGGAUACUGGCUACCUGGACAGCUGGGGCGACCUCGGUAUGAACGCGGAACCAAGAUUCCAGAUUCGCCUGAAGCAGAAUUGUGCCCCUCUGGUUACGCGUGGAUAUAAAAUGAGAUACGUUGACCCAACGGAUACUUCAAAAACAUACAUGCGAUAUAGUUAUCUUCGCAAUAACACUAUCACAAACUCUACUGCCGACGUUGCCGACUGGCGUAUCUACAUGGUACCACUGAAGAGUCCGUUCGACCAAGUAGUCAGCUCUUACGGGGGCUCGAUUGGCUUAGACUACAGAACGCGCUCUAUAUCAAUGUAUCGCGGCGAAGACACAGAUUUCAUUCCGGAACUAAACCGAACAGACGCAUACGCCGCACUUCUUUUCCUUGAUUCGACCGAUAUGGUAUACCACGAGAAGGUCGAAGACCCUUGGUUUGCUGCAAAUACCAACGCAUCAGAAUUAAUGCGCACUUUCUUCGAGUCCGAGUCGCUCUAUGUGUCAGAUGAACCAGCGACUGUUAUUGGCUGCACUUCGCAAGCCUUCUACUGCAAUCCUAGAAUUGACAAUGGUCAACAGCGUUGCGUCAACUUAUAUGCCUCUCAUGAGCUUAGGGAUAGUAUUACCGCGAUAUGGCCCGAACCUGAUGAUCUCAAAGCAUUCCUCGGUUACGUGCAGACCAACAACAUUAUGAUAGCAACUCCUGACACCUUCUAUAACAUGCCGGGGCUACCUAACAUGCUCGCAAGAUUCACAACUAAAGGGAUAAUGCAAUGGGAAGCUUUUCCUCGAGACAGAUGGAAGCAGGAGAUGGAAUUCUUGAGUCAAGCCUCGCUUGCGUCUUUUCAGUCUAAUGUGCCACAAGCAUCACAAAAUGGUGUUUGGGACCUCGACCGUACGCUUUGUGAUAGCGACACAGAGGCUGGACUGUGCGAGAAGCUGUGCAAAAGCCAAGUGAGUGGACUGAACCUUUACAUCCUGGCAAUAGCGCGGAUUCCCUGGGUCAGGCAAUAG